GCCUCGCAAUCGCCAUCCUACCAACAACACCCACAAUGCCGCCACUACACAUCAAAACUAUGACUCUGGGUGCGUUCAAGGAUGUCUUGUCGCGUUACCCUGCAAUGGUCCCCGAGAAGCUACGCGACUUGGACGCGCAACGCUAUGACAUCAUUCGCAAAGCCAUAGCUGCACAAGAAGAGAGCGAGAAACACUUAACGAAAGAUCAAGUUGUGAAGCUUGUGGAAUGGAAGCUGAAGCACGGCACGUUUCGUCCAGCCUUACUGGGCCUGGUUCAAAGCAACACACCAGAGGCAGUUGAGAAAACAACCAAAAAGGCCUACGCCGCGCUCUGGAACAGCAAAUCAUCCCAACCCGAUGCCAUUCCCGCGCUCAAGAUCCUCGUGGGGUUGAAGGGCGUAGGUCCAGCAACCGCAUCCUUGCUUCUCUCUGUUCUCCGACCUGCAGAGAUACCGUUCUUCUCCGAUGAACUGUUUAGGUGGUCUGUUUGGGACGAUGAAACGGGCAGCGGAAAAGAUGGAAAGGGCUGGCAAAGGAAGAUCAAGUAUAACGUCAAGGAGUAUGAGAUGAUGCUCGAUCGCGUGCACAAGUUAAGGCAGAGGUUGCGAAGAGGUUUCGGGCAGAGGGACACUUUAGCGAUGGCAAUUGACGUUGAGAGAGUAGCUUGGGUACUUGGAAAGGAGGGUGUGGACGUUGGUGUGCAGGGAGAUGAGACAGGGGACCAUGAGGGAGAAGACGCCGAUGUCCAAGCUGACAAGAAGACGGAGAAGGAGGAAGAAGAAGAAGCAAAGCAAGAAGAGAUCCCACCAGUAACGAAAGAUAGCAGUGGUGAUGAAGCAACGAUUAAAUCGCCUGUGGCGAAGAAGGGUACGAAACGUAAAGCGUCGGAAGCCAAACCACCUGCUGAAGGUACUCGCAAGAGUACGCGGACGAAGAAGUAGGCCGACAUCAGCAUAUCUCGCCCACCCCCCAAUCUAGCGUAACUCAAGAUGUAGUAUUCAGGCAUCAUGACAACGUAGCCCUGAUAAUUCGACACAGAUCACGCGUCUCGACGCUCGCCUGUCACUAUAUCCGUA